AUGAUGAAGAGAACGUUCAUGAGUGGACUCUGUGUGGACCCUGUGUGGACUCUGUGUGGACCCUGUGUGGACCCUGUGUGGACCCUGUGUGGACUGUGUGGACUCUGUGUGGACCCUGUGUGGACCCUGUGUGGACUCUGUGUGGACUCUGUGUGGACCCUGUGUGGACCCUGUGUGGACCCUGUGUGGACUGUGUGUGGACUCUGUGUGGACUCUGUGUGGACCCUGUGUGGACCCUGUGUGGACUCUGUGUGGACCCUGUGUGGACUCUGUGUGGACUCUGUGUGGACCCUGUGUGGACCCUGUGUGGACCCUGUGUGGACCCUGUGUGGACUCUGUGUGGACCCUGUGUGGACCCUGUGUGGACUCUGUGUGGACCCUGUGUGGACCCCUGUGUGGACUCUGUGUGGACCCUGUGUGGACCCUGUGUGGACUCUGUGUGGACCCUGUGUGGACCCUGUGUGGACUCUGUGUGGACUCUGUGUGGACCCUGUGUGGACCCUGUGUGGACUCUGUGUGGACUCUGUGUGGACUCUGUGUGGACCCUGUGUGGACCCUGUGUGGACCCUGUGUGGACUCUGUGUGGACUCUGUGUGGACCCUGUGUGGACCCUGUGUGGACCCUGUGUGGACCCUGUGUGGACUCUGUUUGGACCCUGUGUGGACCCUGUGUGGACCCUGUGUGGACUGUGUGGACUCUGUGUGGACCCUGUGUGGACCCUGUGUGGACUCUGUGUGGACUCUGUGUGGACCCUGUGUGGACUCUGUGUGGACUCUGUGUGGACCCUGUGUGGACCCUGUGUGGACCCUGUGUGGACCCUGUGUGGACCCUGUGUGGACUCUGUGUGGACCCUGUGUGGACCCUGUGUGGACCCUGUGUGGACUCUGUGUGGACCCUGUGUGGACCCUGUGUGGACCCUGUGUGGACUCUGUGUGGACUCUGUGUGGACCCUGUGUGGACCCUGUGUGUGGACCCUGUGUGGACUCUGUGUGGACCCUGUGUGGACCCUGUGUGGACUCUGUGCGGACUCUGUGUGGACCCUGUGUGGACUCUGUGUGGACCCUGUGUGGACUCUGUGUGGACUCUGUGUGGACCCUGUGUGGACCCUGUGUGGACCCUGUGUGGACCCUGUGUGGACUCUGUGUGGACCCUGUGUGGACCCUGUGUGGACUCUGUGCGGACUCUGUGUGGACCCUGUGUGGACUCUGUGUGGACUCUGUGUGGACUCUGUGUGGACCCUGUGUGGACCCUGUGUGGACCCUGUGUGGACUCUGUGUGGACUCUGUGUGGACCCUGUGUGGACCCUGUGUGGACCCUGUGUGGACUCUGUGUGGACCCUGUGUGGACCCUGUGUGGACUCUGUGCGGACUCUGUGUGGACCCUGUGUGGACCCUGUGUGGACCCUGUGUGGACUCUGUGCGGACUCUGUGUGGACCCUGUGUGGACUCUGUGCGGACUCUGUGUGGACCCUGUGUGGACUCUGUGUGGACUCUGUGUGGACUCUGUGUGGACCCUGUGUGGACCCUGUGUGGACUCUGUGCGGACUCUGUGUGGACCCUGUGUGGACUCUGUGUGGACUCUGUGUGGACCCUGUGUGGACUCUGUGUGGACCCUGUGUGGACUCUGUGCGGACUCUGUGUGGACCCUGUGUGGACUCUGUGUGGACUCUGUGUGGACUCUGUGUGGACCCUGUGUGGACCCUGUGUGGACCCUGUGUGGACCCUGUGUGGACCCUGUGUGGACUCUGUGUGGACUCUGUGUGGACCCUGUGUGGACUCUGUGCGGACUCUGUGUGGACCCUGUGUGGACUCUGUGUGGACUCUGUGUGGACCCUGUGUGGACUCUGUGUGGACCCUGUGUGGACUCUGUGUGGACUCUGUGUGGACUCUGUGUGGACUCUGUGUGGACUCUGUGUGGACCCUGUGUGGACCCUGUGUGGACUCUGUGCGGACUCUGUGCGGACCCUGUGCGGACCCUGUGUGGACCCUGUGUGGACCCUGUGUGGACUCUGUGUGGACCCUGUGUGGACCCUGUGUGGACCCUGUGUGGACUCUGUGUGGACUCUGUGUGGACCCUGUGUGGACUCUGUGUGGACUCUGUGUGGACUCUGUGUGGACUCUGUGUGGACCCUGUGUGGACCCUGUGUGGACUCUGUGUGGACUCUGUGUGGACUCUGUGUGGACUCUGUGUGGACUCUGUGUGGACCCUGUGUGGACCCUGUGUGGACCCUGUGUGGACCCUGUGUGGACUCUGUGUGGACUCUGUGUGGACUCUGUGUGGACUCUGUGUGGACCCUGUGUGGACCCUGUGUGGACUCUGUGUGGACUCUGUGUGGACUCUGUGUGGACUCUGUGUGGACUCUGUGUGGACUCUGUGUGGACCCUGUGUGGACUCUGUGUGGACUCUGUGUGGACCCUGUGUGGACCCUGUGUGGACUCUGUGUGGACUCUGUGUGGACUCUGUGUGGACUCUGUGUGGACCCUGUGUGGACUCUGUGUGGACCCUGUGUGGACCCUGUGUGGACUCUGUGUGGACCCUGUGUGGACCCUGUGUGGACUCUGUGUGGACCCUGUGUGGACUCUGUUCCCCCCUCCGAGCACCCAGUGCCCCCUGCCAGUGCCCCCUGCCAGUGCCCCCUGCCAGUGCCCCCUGCCAGUGCCCCCUGCCAGUGCCCCCAAGCAAAGCCCUCCACACAGGCCCCUGCCAAAAGGCAGCAACAGCCAAAGUGACGGAGGAGGAGACAACAGCAGCAACAGCCAAAGUGACGGAGGAGGAGACAACAGCAGCAACAGCCAAAGUGACGGAGGAGGAGACAACAGCAGCAACAGCCAAAGUGACGGAGGAGGAGACAACAGCAACAACAGCCAAAGUGACGGAGGAGGAGACAACAACAGCAACAGCCAAAGUGACGGAGGAGAGACAACAGCAGCAACAGCCAAAGUGACGGAGGAGGAGACAACAACAGCAACAGCCAAAGUGACGGAGGAGGAGACAACAGCAGCAACAGCCAAAGUGACGGAGGAGGAGACAACAACAGCAACAGCCAAAGUGACGGAGGAGAGACAACAGCAGCAACAGCCAAAAGACAACAGCAGCAACAGCCAAAGUGACGGAGGAGGAGACAACAGCAGCAACAGCCAAAGUGACGGAGGAGGAGACAACAGCAGCAACAGCCAAAGUGACGGAGGAGGAGACAACAACAGCAACAGCCAAAGUGACGGAGGAGAGACAACAGCAGCAACAGCCAAAGUGACGGAGGAGGAGGAGACAACAACAGCAACAGCCAAAGUGACGGAGGAGGAGGAGACAACAGCAGCAACAGCCAAAGUGACGGAGGAGGAGGAGACAACAGCAGCAACAGCCAAAGUGACGGAGGAGAGACAACAGCAGCAACAGCCAAAAGACAACAGCAGCAACAGCCAAAGUGACGGAGGAGGAGACAACAGCAGCAACAGCCAAAGUGACGGAGGAGGAGACAACAGCAACAACAGCCAAAGUGACGGAGGAGGAGACAACAGCAGCAACAGCCAAAGUGACGGAGGAGGAGAGACAACAGCAGCAACAGCCAAAGUGACGGAGGAGGAGAGACAACAGGCAGCAACAGCCAAAGUGACGGAGGAGGAGGAGACAACAGCAGCAACAGCCAAAGUGACGGAGGAGGAGGAGACAACAGCAGCAACAGCCAAAGUGACGGAGGAGGAGAGACAACAACAGCAACAGCCAAACAACAGCCAAAGUGACGGAGGAGGAGACAACAACAGCAACAGCCAAAGUGACGGAGGAGACAACAGCAGCAACAGCCAAAGUGACGGAGGAGGAGGAGAGAACAGCAGCAACAGCCAAAGUGACGGAGGAGGAGAGACAACAGCAACAACAGCCAAAGUGACGGAGGAGGAGGAGACAACAACAGCAACAGCCAAAGUGACGGAGGAGACAACAGCAGCAACAGCCAAAGUGACGGAGGAGGAGACAACAGCAGCAACAGCCAAAGUGACGGAGGAGGAGGAGACAACAACAGCAACAGCCAAAGUGACGGAGGAGGAGAGACAACAGCAGCAACAGCCAAACAGCAACAGCCAAAGUGACGGAGGAGACAACAACAGCAACAGCCAAAGUGACGUAGGAGGAGACAACAGCAACAACAGCCAAAGUGACGGAGGAGGAGGAGACAACAGCAGCAACAGCCAAAGUGACGGAGGAGGAGGAGACAACAGCAACAACAGCCAAAGUGACGGAGGAGGAGGAGAGAACAGCAGCAACAGCCAAAGUGACGGAGGAGGAGACAACAGCAGCAACAGCCAAAGUGACGGAGGAGGAGGAGACAACAGCAGCAACAGCCAAAGUGACGGAGGAGAGACAACAGCAGCAACAGCCAAAGUGACGGAGGAGGAGGAGACAACAGCAGCAACAGCCAAAGUGACGGAGGAGGAGGAGACAACAGCAGCAACAGCCAAAGUGACGGAGGAGGAGGAGACAACAACAGCAACAGCCAAAGUGACGGAGGAGGAGGAGACAACAGCAACAACAGCCAAAGUGACGGAGGAGGAGGAGAGAACAGCAGCAACAGCCAAAGUGACGGAGGAGAGACAACAGCAACAACAGCCAAACAGCAACAGCCAAAGUGACGGAGGAGGAGGAGACAACAGCAGCAACAGCCAAAGUGACGGAGGAGGAGACAACAGCAGCAACAGCCAAAGUGACGGAGGAGACAACAGCAACAACAGCCAAAGUGACGGAGGAGGAGGAGAGACAACAACAGCAACAGCCAAAGUGACGGAGGAGGAGGAGACAACAGCAGCAACAGCCAAAGUGACGGAGGAGGAGGAGACAACAGCAGCAACAGCCAAAGUGACGGAGGAGGAGAGACAACAGCAGCAACAGCCAAAAGACAACAGCAGCAACAGCCAAAGUGACGGAGGAGGAGGAGACAACAGCAGCAACAGCCAAAGUGACGGAGGAGGAGGAGACAACAGCAGCAACAGCCAAAGUGACGGAGGAGGAGGAGACAACAACAGCAACAGCCAAAGUGACGGAGGAGGAGGAGACAACAACAGCAACAGCCAAAGUGACGGAGGAGGAGGAGACAACAGCAGCAACAGCCAAAGUGACGGAGGAGGAGGAGACAACAGCAACAACAGCCAAAGUGACGGAGGAGGAGGAGAGAACAGCAGCAACAGCCAAAGUGACGGAGGAGAGACAACAGCAACAACAGCCAAAGUGACGGAGGAGGAGGAGAGACAACAGCAGCAACAGCCAAAAGACAACAGCAGCAACAGCCAAAGUGACGGAGGAGGAGGAGACAACAGCAGCAACAGCCAAAGUGACGGAGGAGAGACAACAGCAGCAACAGCCAAAGUGACGGAGGAGGAGGAGACAACAGCAGCAACAGCCAAAGUGACGGAGGAGGAGGAGACAACAGCAGCAACAGCCAAAGUGACGGAGGAGGAGGAGACAACAACAGCAACAGCCAAAGUGACGGAGGAGGAGGAGACAACAGCAACAACAGCCAAAGUGACGGAGGAGGAGGAGAGAACAGCAGCAACAGCCAAAGUGACGGAGGAGAGACAACAGCAACAACAGCCAAACAGCAACAGCCAAAGUGACGGAGGAGGAGGAGACAACAGCAGCAACAGCCAAAGUGACGGAGGAGGAGACAACAGCAGCAACAGCCAAAGUGACGGAGGAGACAACAGCAACAACAGCCAAAGUGACGGAGGAGGAGGAGAGACAACAACAGCAACAGCCAAAGUGACGGAGGAGGAGGAGACAACAGCAGCAACAGCCAAAGUGACGGAGGAGACAACAGCAGCAACAGCCAAAGUGACGGAGGAGGAGAGACAACAGCAGCAACAGCCAAACAGCAACAGCCAAAGUGACGGAGGAGGAGGAGACAACAGCAGCAACAGCCAAAGUGACGGAGGAGGAGGAGACAACAGCAGCAACAGCCAAAGUGACGGAGGAGGAGGAGACAACAACAGCAACAGCCAAAGUGACGGAGGAGGAGGAGACAACAGCAACAACAGCCAAAGUGACGGAGGAGGAGGAGAGAACAGCAGCAACAGCCAAAAUGACGGAGGAGAGACGACAGCAACAACAGCCAAAGUGACGGAGGAGGAGGAGAGACAACAGCAGCAACAGCCAAAGAGGAGAGACAACAACAGCAACAGCCAAAGUGACGGAGGAGGAGGAGACAACAGCAGCAACAGCCAAAGUGACGGAGGAGACAACAACAGCAACAGCCAAAGUGACGUAGGAGGAGGAGACAACAGCAGCAACAGCCAAAGUGACGGAGGAGGAGGAGACAACAGCAGCAACAGCCAAAGUGACGGAGGAGGAGAGACAACAGCAGCAACAGCCAAAGUGACGGAGGAGGAGGAGACAACAACAGCAACAGCCAAAGUGACGGAGGAGACAACAACAGCAACAGCCAAAGUGACGGAGGAGGAGGAGGCACCAGAGCUCCUCAUUUCCAUGCUUCAUUGGACUAAGGCCCCGGUGCUCCUCCGUUCUCUUCUGCUGUGUGCCUCUGGGUUUUAA